AUGUUGAUGAAAAAGGCAAUAUUGCUAUUGGCACUGCUGUGCUUCAAUUUGUCCUUUGGACAUACUACACAGCGACCCAGCCGUUCUUCGGCUGCGGAGGAAGAUUCAAAUCCUCUGUUUGACAUGGCCUCGAUGUUUAUUCAAGAGGCCAUGAACAAUCAAAAUAACGGUGCUCGAGGAGGUGGUGGUGGGGGCGGUGCCGCAUUGGCCGGUGUGGCUUCGUUAAUCGGCUCCUUCAUGCAGGCCAACAACGGUGGAGGUCAAGGCAAAGGUGCUGGAUCUGGUGCAAUGCAAAUUUUAUCUGGCCUAGGAAGUCUUUUGGCCAAUGCUGGAAAUAACAAUGGACGCAGUAGUGGCGGAUUUGACCCAUCAAUAAUCGGCAACGUCAUUGAAAUGUUCACACAGGGCGAUGAUGCCGAAGACGAUGAUGGUGUCGAUAACCAUCAACAUCAAAAACGAGAAAGUAGUGAACCAGGAAUCGAUUUAGGUUCAAUUCUUCAAAUUGCUUCUGCAUUUAUGGGUCAGAAUAAUGAACAGCCCUCCCAGCGAAGCUCUCAUCAUCAUCAACAAAAACGAGCAGCAGAUGGAAAAUCUUCAAAUGGCCAACAGGAAGAAAAUGGUUUUAUGAGUUUAUUGCCGCUAGUGAUGCAAGCUGUCAGUUCAUUCGCCGGCCCCGAAGGCCAACAUACACAGGAGAAACAUAAAGACCAUGCCUGGGUCUUGCCACCAUUCCUUGAACACCUACACGUCCUGUUGGAUCAUUUCUCAAACUCGGAAUUGGCUGAUGCAUUGUAUGAAAAAUCUGGUGUAAACAAAAUCUUGAAGGGGUUCAAGGGACGUGACGGCAAAGUGGAUUAUGACAAAUUAUUUGAGUCGCUUAAUAAUCAAUCAUUCCGCAGACGUUGGAUUAAGUCGGCAACAUUGUAUUUGGCCGAUUGGGCAAGUUAUUUGGCUAAUCCUGAAGUCUACUUAAAGUAUUUCCAAACAGCACAAUUCAUGUUCAAUGGAUUCCUCAAAUCUCAAGGCUAUCCUAAGAGCACGUUCUUCGAUCCAAAUCGACCAAGUGAAACUAUAUCCAAUUUAUUGGAUCACGUUGCCAAACAUCAUUUGAAUGUCAAAAUCGAUUCGCGGCAGUAUGUUAAACCCGCAGUUGGAUACGCAAAGGAUUUGCUGCAGCUCGGACAGGCCCGAGGACUUUUGCAAUUUAAUGCCACCGAAAUUAGUGACAAACUGACAGACACCAUUAACUUGGAGGUUAUUGAACCAGUUCUAAAAGUUCAUCGUGCGUACCGCUACAUUACCAAGCAGCCGCAAUGUGAUCGUUAUGUUUUGUGUCAAUUAAAUGAUGCCGAACAAUAUUCUGCUGAAGAAUCAAGAGGUCUAAUAUCUGGCGUCAGUCCGAAAAUUAUUAAAGUUGGCAGUAUGGGUGCUGCGUUCUUCAUUAGUACAGAAACAGGAACUCCAUUCUGGACAUUGUUUAGUGUCAUUACAUCGGCAUCGAACUGUGAGGUCAAAUAUCCUGUUGAUUGUAGCGGUUUUCACGAAGGUGAAGCUAGGGUGACUACUGAAUACAUACACAACGAACUAUAAUUCCUUCAACUGACUCUGAUAGUAGAGAAAUGCCAAUUAACAGAACAAAGUCGUGGUACUAUAUUUA